AAAUGCAAAUGUUUAGCCAGUGAAACCUUCAUAGGGAUCUCCACUGUGACUCUUGCAAAUUACAUAUUGGUGCCGUGUAGAUUUUAGUUCCAACAAGUUUUACCAGCUUCCUCUGUGUUUUUGUGCAUACAAUGUGUAGCUGUAGUUUCUGUCCUAACCCGGGACAGAUACAGAGCUAACAGGUGUGUUCUUUGAAUGGCUGAGGAGCGCGCAGCAGAGGACUGCAGGAAUGAUGUCUGUGCCUGUCGACUGGAAGCAAAUAAAUCUAAGGACGAGGAUCCCAAAAAGCAAAAUCUGUGGUCCAGGUCCGCGGCUCAAAAGUGGAUCCUGGUGCUGUUUGUUGGCACCUCCCUCCUGUACUGCGCCCGGACGGUCAUGCCGGUCUGUGCGGUGUCCAUGGCGUCCACGUUUCACUGGAGUAAGAUCGGGUCCGGCCUGGUUCUGGGUGGGUUCUUUUGGGGAUACUGCCUCACACAAGUCCUGGGAGGACAUGCCAGCGACAAGAUCGGAGGGGAGCGUGUCCUCUUCAUCUCCACAGUCCUGUGGACUCUGAUCACAGCUGCUACUCCUCUUCUGGCGCAGCUCGGCUCUCACACCCUUGCUCUCAUGACUGUGGCCAGAUUCAUCAUGGGGCUAUUGCAGGGCGUCUUUUACCCAUCGUUGGCCAGCCUCUGCUCACAGCGUGUAGUGGAAGGAGAGAGGGGGUUUUUAAUGAGCAUCAUGAAUAGCGGUAGUCAUCUUGGCAUGUUGUUAUCCGGCGGGAUGGGGUCUCUGUUGCUGGACCGGUACGGCUGGGAGAGCUUGUUCUACGCGGCUGGUUUAUUGUCUGCUCUCUGGGCAAUCGUUGUGUGGCAGUGUUUAUUAAAAGGCUCAGGUGAACUGGCCUCCAAGCAGCUGGAAACGAGUCCCUGUCCGUCAGGAACACACUGGCUGAGUCUUUGUAGGAAGCCGCCUGUCUGGGCCAUGGUUUUUGCUCACAUGUGCAUGUGCAGCACCUCCUACACGCUGUUGUCAUGGCUGCCGACAUACUUUAAAGAAUCCUUCCCACAUGCAAAGGGUUGGGUGUAUAAUGUAAUUCCUUGGCUCGUUGCUAUUCCAUCAGCACUUGGUGGAGGAUACAUUUCAGAUUUUCUCAUCAACCAAGGAUACAGUGUAUCGUUUGUGAGAAAGCUGAUGCAGUUUUUUGCCAUGGGCGUAUCGAGCACAUUUUUGAUGCUUCUGUGUGGAGAUGUCACGUCUUCCUCUGCUGUGAUUUUAGUUUCUGCUGCUGUGAGUUUAUUCACCUUCUCCAGUGGGGGUGUGUCUGUGAAUGUGCAGGAUCUCACCCCAUCAUGCGCAGGUGCCCUCUUUGGUUUCAUGAAUAUGCUGGGUGCUCUUAUGGGAGUGGUGCUGGUCUCCUCGUCUGGGUACCUGAUCGAGGUCACCCUGUCCUGGGCAAAGGUGUUCUCACUCAUCACACUGGUAAACGCCACAGGUCUUGGGAUUUUCCUCAUCUUUGGAGAUGCCCGUCGUGUUGACCUGGAACAUUACAGUGAACUUACUGUGAUGUGACUCUGACCUUCCAUUUCAAAAACCAUAUAGUAUCUGAUUCAUUAGUUUAUUAUAUUAUGUUUAUUUAUGUGUUGAUUGUUGUCAAACAGACCUAAUUAAUGGCAGUACAGCGUACUAUUGCAAUUCAGAUGAUAAUGUUCUUUAGUUUGUUUUACUAAAUCAUAAAAACAAAUUAAAAUUUUAAAUUUAUCUUAAAUUAAGACAAAAUACAAACUACUGGUCACUCUUAAACAUAUUAGGUUAAUUAUAGCUUCUCGGAAGAAAUAAAAAAUUAAGGUUUUUGAUUUUUCCUGAUUGAGAGUUGGUUCAAAGCCUAGGGACAGUUUCGCCCUAAUUAGAGCAAAGAAGCUGAACAAAUAAAUCUAUUUAUAUACGUAAAAAAAAUAAAAACGUUUAUUCAUUUUGCCUUUGCAUUUGUCUGUUGUUCAGUACCUGAUGUUUUGAAUUUGUGGGGAAUGAAGUAUGGCUGUAAUGGAGGAAGUUGAUACAAAUGAAUAAAGAUGCAGCAUAUCAAGUUUUUUAAUAUAUCACAGAAAUUAACACACUUGCUGCUCUGAGAUAGAGAUUAUGCAGUUGUAGCAUAACAUUAAUAACGAGUAACAACAGAACUCUCUUUUUUCUUAAAUGUACUCAACAGGCAUUUAUUAGAUAAUGUAAAGCAGGGUGCAUGCUGGGAAGUCUGAUAAUAUUAUCAUUGGCUUCAUUCGAAACUAAAUGAAAUUA